AUGAAGAUCAUUGAGGGUCUCCUUCUGCUCUGUACCGUGACCCAUUUCUGCAGCAGUGGAGAAGCUGCCAGUCUGUCUUCAACAGCAGUGGACUGCAGCAUUUAUAAGAAGUACCCAGUGGUGGCCAUCCCUUGCCCCAUCACAAACCUGCCUGUCUGUGGCUCUGAUUACAUCACCUAUGGGAAUGAAUGCCACCUCUGUACCGAAAGCUUGAGAAGUAAUGGAAAAAUUCAGUUCCUUCAUGAUGGAAGAUGUUAA